AUGAUUCCGGGCAAGGCACUGGAACCAGUCACUGAGUGUAUUCUGGACAACCUCGUUUCAGAAAACAUUUGUGGUUCUGACCCGGUCCGGAGUGUUCCCGAAGCUUUGACGUACAUCAUGGAGAUGAAGCCACCCACAUCGAUGCUCUGCUUCCUGCCCGGGUGGAACGAAAUCAACAAGGUGCGAGCAGAGCCUUGCAAGCGAGCUCCAGCGAACUUUCACGACUGGAUUCUGCCCCUGCACUCACGUCUGCGAUACCAGGGACAGCAAAAGAUCUUUGCAAAUCAUCCAGCAGACGUGCGCAAGGUGAACCUCUCCACUAACCUUGCUGAAACAUCCAUCAACGUCGACGACGUGGUGUACGUUGUAGACUCCGGUGUUCGCCGAGAGCAGCGCAUCAACCCGUCCACGGUUGUGAGCCUGCUCGGUACGUUCCCCACGUCGAAGGCCACUGCCGAGCAGAGAGCAGGUCGUGCGGGUCACGUGCAACCUGGAGAGUCGUACCACGUAUUGACUCAAAAUGAGUUCUUCUCCUGGGACCAGUUGAAGUGCCCUGAGAUGCAGACCACCGGCAUUACAAGGGUGGUCCUUCACUGUAAAUCUGAGUUCUCCAAAGUCUGA